AUGUUCUUAGCUGGAAGCACUGGGAUCAUGACCUAUCUCUUAGCGGAGUGGGCAUUGGCGGCCUCCUUCACUGUCUUUUUCAUUUUUUGGAGCUUUGGCAACGCCCUGUUCUACGGGGAGACCCGCCGCAGCGUUGAUAGCUCGCUGGGCGUCGACUCCGACCACAUGGUCUCCGCGGUCUUUAUGAGUAACUCGGCCGUUGGAACCUUGUUGAAUGGGAUUGUAUCCUUUAUCACCUUCACUCUCUUGGGCAUGUCAGUGGAGAAUGUUUUUGAGCUCUUGGCAGCACUCCAAGCGGUGCUGAUGUUGCUGCUCCUGGCAUUGGCCUUCUUGCCACCUUCGACGAGCAGUAGCAGUAGUGCACCAUGCGAUGCUGAGCUCGGGGCCUGUAAUGCCGAGCGUACGUGCGAGUGA